UAAUGCCAUCAGUUGAAGUUAGAGCGUCAGGCGAGGCAGUUUGGUUUCUAUAUUUUUGUUUGUAAUUAUUUUCUUAGAGUAGAUUUUAACCGGCACGGCAUGUUUGAUAAAUAAUUGUAAUUUACUUAGCUGUUUAUAAAACGAAAUACAAACAUUUUACAUCACAAUUUUAUUGUAAUAAUAAGUUUAAACAGCAAAAACUUAUAAAACCAAGCUGCAGAUGUUUUAUUUAUGUUUAAAACAAAGUUGAUUAUAUUCGCAUUGUCGUAUAUUUUUAUCGUGUCCACGUGUUAAAGUCGACCGUCAGUUCUGCUAAAUAAAAUAAAAUUACUCAACUCGUAUAAAAGAGAAAUCAAAAAGAGAAUAAUAAUAAUUAUUGUCGUCCAACGAAUGCGGUCUUAUUUAAUCAUGUUAAUGUCGAAUUAUAUGCAAGUCGCUUAUCAACUCAUAUCAUUUUCUAUCAUAUAGAAAAAAAUUACAAUUUAUUUGAAUUUCCCGCCCAAAUUCCAGUAUCUAUACCUUAGGGACUUUUGAUUUUGUUUGCCAAUAUAAUUUUAUUAAAAAGUGAUAAAAGUGUGUUUUUUGUUUAAAGUUUUAAUAAUUACAAUAAAAUUACUAAUAUUCGUAUCUAUAGAUAAACUAAAGUAAUGGCACGCGUUGAAAUCGGAGAUAAAUUAUUGCCGAAACCUGGUUUUAAUGCUCCUGCUGCUGGUGGUGCUCCUGCUAAUCGCCUAAUGGCAGGUGGUGGUGUUGUUGUUGAAAGUGGGAAGGCGUUAAACGCCUCACAUUCGGAUAGUUCGAGUGAAGGUGGUUUUCGACUUAAAAAAGAACUCGGUCUGCUGGACGGUGUUGCGAUUAUUGUUGGUAUAAUUGUGGGAGCGGGAAUUUUUGUGAGUCCCAAAGGUGUUCUACUGUAUUCGGGAUCAAUAGGACAAUCGAUAAUUGUUUGGAUAUUAUGCGGAUUGCUGAGUAUGGUUGGGGCCUUGUGCUAUGCGGAAUUAGGCACAAUGAUUCCCAAAUCUGGAGGUGACUACGCCUAUAUAGGAGUGGCAUUCGGGCCACUGCCUGCAUUCCUUUACCUUUGGGUGGCGCUGCUGGUUUUGGUACCAACGGGCAAUGCCAUCACGGCAUUGACUUUUGCCCAAUAUUUAUUGCAACCAUUCCGGCCAUCAUGUGAGGCACCUGUAGAAUCUGUUCAGUUGCUAGCUGCUGUCAUAACUUGUGUUCUAACAGCGAUAAAUUGUUAUAAUGUAAAAUGGGUGACACGUGUCACAGAUGUUUUUACGGGAACAAAAAUUUUGGCACUGUUAUUGAUUGUCGCGGCUGGUGUUUGGUAUUUGCUUAGUGGCAACACUGAUAAAUGGGAUGACCCGAUGGGAGGAUCGUUGACAUCGCCGGGAUCAAUUGCCUUGGCAUUUUACAGUGGAUUGUUUUCGUAUUCUGGUUGGAAUUAUUUGAAUUUUGUCACCGAAGAAUUAAAAGAUCCUUUUAGGAAUCUUCCUCGAGCUAUUUGCAUCUCAAUGCCAGUUGUCACAAUCAUUUAUGUCAUUACGAACGUUGCCUAUUUUACGGUGCUAUCACCUGUGGAAAUUCUAUCAUCAGACGCUGUUGCUAUUACAUUUGGUGAAAAGAUGUUAGGAUUUAUGUCUUGGGUCAUGCCUUUGUUUGUAGCCUGCUCAACUUUUGGGUCAUUGAAUGGUGGAAUCUUUGCAUCAUCACGAUUGUUUUUCGUUGGUGCUCGAAAUGGACAUUUACCAGCUGCCAUAUCUUUGAUUAACAUUAAUUGCCUUACACCAGUUCCCUCACUUAUUUUCUUGUGUAUUCUAUCGUUGGUGCUGUUGUUUCAAAAUGACGUCUACGCCCUGAUAAACUAUAUUAGUUAUGUUGAAGCCUUAUUUACAUUGAUGUCAAUUUCUGGUCUUCUAUGGUUGCGUUAUAAGCAACCAAAAACUGAAAGGCCUAUUCGAGUCAAUUUAAUACUUCCCGUGAUAUUCCUUAUCACAUGUAGUUUCCUUGUCAUAUCAUCAUGUUUACAAUCUCCAGUGGAAGUUGCUGUCGGCACCAUCAUAACACUGAGUGGAAUCCCGGUGUACUUUGUGACAAUUCAUCGACCAAUUGCAUGUCUGACACGAUUGUCACAAUCAAUUAAUUUGUGGUGUUCGAAAUUCUUCCUCUGCAUGCCAAAUCAAGAGAAAGAAAUGUAGACAUCAUUAAAGUGACGCACUCGAUGUCACUUAGUGUCAUUUCAAAGCAUUACAAAAUGUGAAAUUUACAACAAUGGUUAAAAAAAACCAUGAUUCCUAUUCCUAAAGAAAAUCAUAACGUAGGAAGAAACCUACGAAAAUAAUUAUAAAAAUAUUAAAAAAUGUCGUAUUACAUUAAGUAUUAACAAUAAUAACAAUACUAUUAAAAAGAAAGACAUAAUACAAAAAGCUCUCUCUCUUUGUAGACAAAAAAAAACAAAAACUAAAAUGUUAAUUAUUUUUAUACAAAAACAUUACAUUACCAAUUAUUUUUAAUACAAUUUUAAAAUGUACAUAAUAUAAGAUUUAAAUUAUAAUUAUAAAACAAAAUAAUUAUGAGUAAUAUUAAUCUAUUGUAUUUAAGUGUAAUUUAAAUAAAAUAUUUAAUAACUAAUUUAAAAAAGAAAGAAAAAGAAAAUGCCUUACUCGUAUAUAGUCCCGUAUCCGUAUAAAGUUUAUGUUAUGCUAAAAUCUAUUUAGACUUGUUAAGAAAUUAUAUUUUCAUUAAAAAAAUAUAUCACGAAAAUAAGUUUACUUAUAAAGUACAAAUUAGAAAAA